ACAUAAAAGGAGAAAAUAGACUAGAUAAGAUUCCUAUAAAUGUGGGGACAAUUCUAGAGGUUUAAGGUGAAGAUUGUAUGGUCCUUAUGGUCGUUAUGAUGAUGAUGAAGACUCAAGUGCAUUCAAGGCCUUCAUCACUGGUGUCAUUGCUCACAUAUUCCCCUCGCAGAGCAAUUAGAGCUUCACGAGAUCAUGUUCGUGCGGGCAAUCUAAAAAUUCACAUUCCUUCAGGUUCUUCAUCAUCAAGUUUAUGUUCAUGCGGAAGAAGACAUUUACUUGGAACAGCUAGCCCAAGGAAGCCCAUUCUUCCCACCCAUUCUCCUCAUGCUGCACGAUCCAAGGAUGUUUCAGGAACAUUUCAGUCUCAGAGGCCAGACUGGUACAAGGAGCUUUUUGCUUGGUUCUUAAGCACAGGAAUGAGAUCUUAUGAAGCAGAGAUCGCCGGUUACAAGAGGAAACUGUUCAAUAAUCUGACUGCUAAAGCAGAAAAAGUGCUGGAGAUUGGUGUUGGUACAGGUCCUAAUCUGAAGUACUAUGCAAGUAAUGAAAACGUCUGUGUUUUCGGUAUGGACCCAAAUCAGAAAAUGGAAAAGUACGCUUGCGAAUCUGCUAGAGAAACCGGACUGAAACCUGAAACCUUUAGAUUCAUGCAAGGAGUAGGAGAAGCUAUACCAUUAGAUGAUGGCUCUGUGGAUGCAGUCGUAGGAACACUUGUUCUGUGUUCUGUCUCAGAUGUUACUCAAACACUUGAUGAGAUCAAG